UGCAACUUCUCCUUCAUUGGUCGAGGAUGCGAAAUUCCCUCCCCUUCUUGCACCACCUUAUUCCCCUUCUCCUUCUUUUGCCGAGGCAGUGAUCGACGUCGCUCACUGGUCGAUAGUUGAGAAGAUAUUUGUCAGUAAUAUGCAUCAGUUUAGCAGACACUUCACUGAUGUAUUGCAGCCUAAUGAAGCCACGCGCAUCACAAAUGAAAGUCGACGCGUAAUCAGCGAGGCUGGUCAACAACUCAUCCAAAGCAAGAAGUUCGCCAUUCUUACUGAAAAAGCGAAUGCGAGCGAGAUAGAAGAGAAAGAUAUUCUUAGUCUACUCAAUAUUUCUAGGCGACUUUCUGACGCAGAUCUUCUAUCCCAACUCUCGACGUUCCUUUUCGCCAGCUCUGACUCUACUAUGUCCUGGUGCAGCCACCUCCUUUCCAUCCAUCCUGAUGUCCAAGGUCGCCUACGCUCUGAACUAAACUCGAUGUCUCCUUGCGCAUCCAAUUCUUUAUCAGUGUCAGGCUAUUCUGUACCGACACACACAGCAGCUAUCGACGGGCUUCCUUUCUUCGACGCAGUAGUUUGCGAAACACUCCGCCUGUGCCCUCCCGUCCACGGUACAAUGCGAGUUGCUACUCGUGAUGACGACUCGGAUAUCCCGAUAUCUUCACCCAUAGUUCUUACGUAAUGGCACGAUCAUUCAACCCCGGGCGAGACCAUCCAUAUCCGCAAAGGCUCUUAUGUGCACAUUCCCAUCGAGGCUUUGGAUUUUAGCACUGACAUCUGGGGCGAGGAUGCAAGAUUGUUUAAGUUUUUCUUCGCUGCGCCGGUUUCCUGAAAACUUCAGCCCUGAUCGCUGGUCUUCUCUGCCUCACCCCGCACGAGCUCCCUCUCAUCCAGGAAUUGCAAACGUGAUGACGUUUUCAUUCGGUCCACAUGCUUGUCCAGACUGGAAGUUCUCGAUGUUGGA